AUGGCAAAGCUUAAUUUCCUUCUUCUGGCUGGAUGGGCGGCCAAGUUGGCAGCCGCUAAGGAUGUCUACCUGGAUUGGAACAUCACUUGGGUCAAUGCCUCCCCGGAUGGAUUUGAGCGGCCUGUGAUUGGUAUCAAUGGUCAAUGGCCGUGUCCACAGAUUGAUGUCGACGUCGGUGAUCGACUGAUCGUAGAUGUGAACAACCAUCUCGGAAACCAAUCGACCGGUAUCCACUGGCAUGGAAUCCGCCAAUUUGGAACCGGUGUCAUGGACGGAGACAGCUCUGUUACCCAGUGUCCCAUCGCUCCGGGCAAGCACUUUCAGUACCAUUUCGACAUCAACCAAACCGGAACCUACUGGUAUCACUCGCACAACAUGGGCCAAUACCCCGAUGGUCUCCGUGGUGCUUUGAUUGUCCAUGAUCCUAAGCCCCCAUUCCAAUAUGACGAGGAGUUCACUCUUACUCUGAGCGAUUGGUAUCAUGACCAGAUGCCGGAUUUACUUGAGAAGUACCAAUCGACCCAAAAUGAGGCAGCUUUCCAUGGCAAUGAGCCACUUCCCAAUUCGGUACUCAUCAACGAUUCCAAAAACACGAAAAUCAAGGUCCAGCCAAACAAGACGUAUCUGGUACAUAUCAUUUGCAUUGGUAACUGGCCAGGCCACACUUGGGUAAUCGACGGACAUGAAAUGACUGUGGUCGAAGUGGACGGCAUAUACACCGAGCCUUACCCGGCCGGGGACAAGAAGCUUCGCGUUGCUACUGGACAGCGUAUGAGUGUUCUCAUCCACACCAAGAAAGAUGCCAGCAAGAACUUCGCCAUUUGGAACAGCAUGGAUGUUAACAUGAUGUUCAUCUAUGAGAACCGCGCAAUUCCAGCAAACUACAACCCCAAUGCCACUGCAUGGCUAGUGUAUGAUGAAGCAAAGCCCCUGCCUCCACCUCCUGUAAUUUACGAUUUGGAGCACUUUGUGGAUGAUGUUGCUUUUGUUCCCGCCGAUCACCAGGCUCUACUUCAACCCGUCAACCAUCAGAUCAUCUUGGAUGCAGCUUCUGCUGACAUUAACGGUGUCGCUCGCUUUACCCUUAACAACAAGACUUACAUCCCCCAGGAUGUGCCAACCCUAUACACUGCAAACACAGUGGGUCCCGAUUUUGCGUCCAACCCUGAUGUAUACGGAUCGGUCAAUCCAAUCAUAGUGAAGCAUAACGAAGUUGUUGAGAUCGUUAUCAAUAACCAUCACGACAACCUCCAUCCGUGGCACUUACACGGCCACCAGUUCCAGGUUCUGCAGCGAUCUGUUUCGGGUCUUUUUACCGGACAAUACUUCAAGAACGUCUCACAGACACCCAUUCGCCGUGAUACAAUCAUGGUUCAGCCUCAGGGACACACUGUCAUCCGAUUCCGAGCUGAUAACCCGGGUGUCUGGCUGCUCCACUGCCACAUCGAAUGGCAUGUCGAGGCUGGUUUGAUGGCAACUAUCAUUGAGGCCCCGGAAACUUUCCCUCAAUCCGUGAACCCUCCCCCUCAGAGCCACUAUGACGCGUGCGCAGCCUAUCCGGCUCCCUCGUCUGGAAAUGCUGCUGGCAAGAAAGGACUGGAUCUGUCAGGCGCAAAUACCGAGGUUUCAGACAAUGACCACGGCGCUACGUAUCAUGGACUAGCCAAGGCUGCCGCGCCUGCGACAAACACGAAACCAGCAGUUGUGGCACCUGCCGCUGCUGCACCGCCAGCUCCACAGACCACUAAGGCCAAAGGAUCUGAUGCUCAAAAGCCCGCUUCACAAGCUCCCGGCUCCAAAGGUUCUGCUCCCUAUGCCGCACCAGCUCCCCAUGCCGCUCCAGCUCCCCAUGCUGCUCCAGCUCCCCAUGCUGCUCCAGCUCCGCACGCUGCCCCGGCUCCCCAUGUCGCACCAGCUCCCCAUGUCGCACCGGCUCCCCAUGUCGCACCAGCUCCCCAUGUCGCACCAGCUCCCCAUGUCGCACCAGCUCCCCAUGCCGCACCAGCUCCCCAUGCUGCUCCAGCUCCGCACGCUGCCCCGGCUCCGGCUCCCCAUGUCGCACCAGCUCCCCAUGCUGCCCCAGUCCCCUAUGCACCUGCACCUGUUGGUCACCAUGCGCCAGCUCCUGCACCCCAAGUGGCCCCGGAGCAUCCUGCUCCCCACCCUGUGGAGUUAAUUCCUGUGUACCCACCCGCUCACGACGAGCCCAUUUACGCCCAUGAGCACGAUUCUAAGGGCCCAUGGCCUCAGCCUCACGUUGAUCAGAACCACGCCCAGAUUGGCGAUGGAAGUGAUGGCCGCCCGCCUAUCUAUGGACACACAGAGGAUACCAAGGGCCCGUGGCCUAACCCCCACAACGACCUGUCCCAAGCUCAAGUUCCUGGCGGACCGGACGGCAAGCCUAUCGUCGCUCACACAGAUGAUACCAAGGGUGACUGGCCUAAUGCCCACCAGAACAACGAAUAUGUCAAGGACGGUGAUGAAGUCAUUCAUCCUGCUCCUGACUCUGGGUAA